AUGGAUCGUCGGAGUAUAAUUGGCGACCCGGAUAAACUUCUUGAGUCCCUGCGGGACCACCUAACUGAGGCUGGAGGGAUCCGAGAGAAAUCCAUAUCUGAGUUGGUCUCUCUAAUGUCUAAUACCAACGGGAAACUCGUUCCAAAAUGCAUUUCUCUUUGCAUAAUAUCAGCCUCCGAGCCGUCCGUGCAGUCGCUUUUGUGUGAUACUGACGCGUGGGAUAUCCUUCUCAAAUGGCUGCAAGAGUCCCUGAAGGAGGAGAAUUUCUCCUUUUUGGUUGAGCUGAUGCAAGUCUACCAUGAUCUGCCUGUCACCCUGGAGCAACUCACGCGCAACGUUUGUCCGAAAUUGAUAAACUCUCUGUCAAAGAAGUCUGACAAUGAAGAUGUCCGUUCACUUGCAACAGAAAUAGUAAAGAAGUGGAAGGGUGUUAUCAAUAGGAACUCACGCAAGGAUAGCACAGAGGCGCAGACGAGAAAGCGAAAGCUAGAGUCUGUCAAGGAGAAUGCCUCCGCUGGUGACCCGCCAUCUGCAACCAAAGAGGUGAAGAGGAGGAGGUCUACUGUCAAAGUGCCGCCUACCGUGAUGAGGACUGCUGGCAUUGAAGAAGCCAAUGAUCAAGUCGUACUUAAGUCUAGGUCAGAAGUCCUUGCAAAGAAGAGGUAUAUUGAUUGCCCUCAUUACAACUUGUAUAGCAAAACCGAAAUUGAAAAGGUGGAACCGGUUGGGCCUAUCGAAUCUUUUCACCAGAAGAUAACAGUAACUCCCGCAGAGCCCAAGAAAUCACCUCAUGAAAUUCACGAGAGUUUUAGCUUUAUAAAUGCUCUUGCGAACUCGCAGCCGGUGGUCCGGAAAAAGCGCAAGGUUUGUAAAAUGGAAUCACUAAGUAAUCCUCCUGAAUCGGGACCGGAAUCCGAAGGUCUGAAAGCGUCCUCUUUUGAAUCGGCUAAUUCUGAAGCCCAAGACUUUAAGUUGUCUUCCGAUCUGGAGUCUCAAAAGAGGUCAUCCAUCACCAGCUUUACUACUUUCGCUGUUGACAAAAGGCCCAGGAAGCGUGUUACUUGGGCUCCUGAGGAAUCUCUGCAGCAGAUAAGCUAUUUUGAAGUGGAUGACUCCGAAAGAGUUAAUGUUACACGUUUCUCUUUGGCGGAAAUUCGUCAGAAGGAGCAUUCUCUUGAACGUCAACUUUUUAAACGGCACGAAGAAGUCGAAAUUAAGGAUGCUAAAUGGUAUCCUCCGAUUCCUUUGGAAUUAACUCUAUCGAUCGAACCGGGCUGCAAAUCUGUCGAACGUCAAGUUCAGCUGGAUCGGGAGCGCUUUGUUCUUCAAGCUAUUUAUUUUACUCGUGAGAGUAUACCGUUUUCUCCAGAAGAACCUGAAAAAGAGGAAUUUGAGGCCAAAAUGGCUGUUGAGAUUCCAUUAGAAGAUUUGCACGCAAAGGAUCUUCUAGUAGUAAACGACAAGGGCGAUGGGAAUUCUCAGAUGUCUCUUAAUCCAGAAGUUGCCAAUCUCGUUAAAUCGCUCGUACUGAAUUUCAACCAGGAUAAUAGUAAAGCUCCAACGCCUGCAGUAACGACAGCAGUCUCCCCAACGGCGCCUUUUAAUCAGACUUCUAGCAUCAACACAUCUCCUGACCAGGCUGCAGGUUAUGGGAGCCAAGAUCACAGCGAAGGUCCAAUGCGCCCUGACAUGGGGCCUCCCAGGAUGCUGGGUCCCCCAUUCAUGUCGGGAGAGCGUUGUCCUCCACCACACAAUGGUAUGCGACCUCGUGGACCUCCAAUGCGUCCCCCAUUGGGUCCAGGAGGCCCUAUGCCCUAUCGCCAUCCUCAAUAUGCGCCUCCAGAUGUUCCGCCGCCGCGCUUCGCUAGGGGCCCCAUGCCUCCUCCACCAUUCCGCGGUCCACCACCCUCCAUGUACGGCGGGGGCAGACCCCCCAUGAAUGGGCCUGGUAGUGGCGGUGGCCGACGAGGCGGUCGAGUCGAACAGGUGUGCAAGUUCUUCCAACAGGAAUUGGAACUCUCCUUGGUCAUUGACUCGACGCAGUGGACCGGUAUCUCCGAAUAUGCGCAACAGCCGUUUCUUCGUGUCGCCAUUCACUGGUAA